UCUUCCCUUCCCGUUGCUUGUUUAUUUAUCGCUGCGACACUUUCACGAAUGAAUGAAAUCAGACUUUGUAACGUGCAAAACUGAGAGAUCAUCCCUUCAGUUAUGUCUGCGCUUCAUUUUACUGUAACUUUCCUCCUUCUGACUCUGUUACUGGAAGUAAAUAAAGCAAAAUCCCAAUCAUUUAUUGGCGUAAAUUAUGGACAAGUGGCCGACAAUCUACCAUCACCGGCAGCCACGGCAAAGCUUCUCCAAUCCACUUCAAUCCAAAAGGUCCGACUAUACGGCUCCGACGCCGCAAUGAUCAAAGCGCUAGCCAACACCGGAAUUGGCAUCGUCAUCGGCACGGCCAACGGUGACAUCCCUGCCUUGGCCUCCGACCCGAAUUUUGCCAAAAACUGGGUGGAUACAAACGUAGUUGCUUAUUAUCCAGCCAGUAAAAUCAUCCUGAUUAACGUUGGCAACGAGGUCAUCAUGUCGGGUGAUAACAAUUUGAUAUCUCAGUUGUUGCCCGCCAUGCAAAAUGUCAAGAAUGCCCUCGAUGCGGCUUCGCUGGGGGAUAAGGUGAAGGUCUCGACGGUGCAUUCAAUGACUCUGUUGAAACAGUCUGAGCCGCCAUCUUCUGGGAGCUUCGACCCGGCUUAUGGAGACAUGUUGAAGGGAGUCUUAGCAUUUAACAAUGCUACCGGUUCACCUUUUGCCAUUAACCCGUACCCUUUCUUCGCUUACCGGAGCGAUCCAAGGCCUGAAACGCUGGCGUUCUGCUUGUUCCAACCCAAUUCGGGGCGUUUGGAUGGCAACACGAAAAUCAAUUACAUGAACAUGUUCGACGCUCAGGUGGACGCUGUUCGUUCUGCAUUGGAUGCCAUGGGGUUUAAGAACGUCGAAAUCGUGGUUGCCGAGACAGGUUGGCCGUACAAAGGAGACAGCGAUGAAGUAGGAGCAAGCAUUGAGAACGCCAAGGCUUACAAUGGAAACUUGAUUGCGCACCUUCGGUCAAUGGUGGGGACUCCAUUGAUGCCGGGGAAAUCUGUCGACACAUAUUUAUUUGCUCUCUACGAUGAGAACUUGAAACCCGGACCAACUUCCGAAAGAUCCUUCGGGCUUUACCAAUCCGCCGAUCUCACCAUGACUUAUGACGUUGGCCUCUCAAAGAGUAGCAGCCAGGCCCAGACUCCGGCCAGUCCCGCAACAGAGAAGACACCAGCGACGCUGUCAGUAGUGGCACCAUCGCCGGAGCCAAAGAAAGCAUCUUGGUGUGUUCCAAAGAAAGAUGUUACAGAUGCCGAAUUGCAGGCAAGUUUGGAUUAUGCUUGUGCACAUGGCAUAGAUUGUAGUCCAAUCCAACCGGGAGGGUCUUGUUUCGAGCCAAAUACACUAUCAGCACAUGCAGCAUAUGCGAUGAAUCUCUAUUAUCAAAGUUCUGGCCCGGAUCCAUCGAGCUGUGAUUUCUCACAAGCAGCCAUGCUUUCUUCUAGCAACCCAAGUACAAAUUUCUUAAAGUGGACCUCUGCUUUUUACUGUAUGAAUACAAUUGUUAAUCUCAUUUUAUAUGAAUAUUUGGCACUUUACAGGCUAUAAUGGUUGCACUUUCCCUGGUGGGAGUACAUGAAAAAGGAGAGUAGUAAUUCGGGCAGAUGAAUGAAGGGCAGUGGGGGGCAACUUUUGUUGUUCUUUAUUUUCAUCAACUUUCAGUAAUGGUAUUGAGUGAUUGGCACUUCUUCGAGUGUGAAAAAGAUGAAAGAAAUGCUUACCUUUUUUAAUUUAGAAAUUAGGACCUCAUGUCUUGUUGCAUUAUAUAUAUGGAUGUAUGUAUGCAUGUAUUUGCAAAGGAUUUAAGAAUUGAUGCAAAUUAUUGUUGUACUUCAAAGCAGCAAGUGCUGUCUUUUUAUAAAGGCACAUUGAAGAUGACUUUUAAGUAA